UGUUGCCAGAUGACAAAUGAUACAUGAAUUACUAGAGACGUGCAAAUACGCACCGAAACGAUCUUUAUGACGCCUCCGAAAGGUCGAGCUCGCCAUUGUGUGUGGAAACGAAGUGAUGGCAAGGCUCACGAAUGUGGCUUGCGGUCGUACGCCUGCGUGGCCAGACUUUGAUGCCCGUCCGGAGUUGCGUACGCUGCGAGGGAGAUUCUUGCGCCGCUUCCACCUCACGGCUCUCUAUGGUCUCUGGGUCAUUGGUCUCCUGUUUUUCGCCGUGAUGUGGAUCUUCUCGCUAUUCUGCUUAGCGCAAUGGAUCUGGAGACGAGCUACACGUGACGAUGCUCCUCCGAUGCCAUUUUCAGCGCAGAUUUACUUGGGCUUUAUCGUCCUCCACGAAAGCUACCACUACCUCACCAGACCAUCGCUGCACCAGUGGCCAUUUAUGAGGCGUUUCUUUCGACAGGUUUUCCUACAUUACCCAUACUUCCGUCUCAACGUCUUGGUGUUUGAAGAACAUGAGAAUGCAAAAUACUCGAAGAAUUCUCGUGAAGACGGCCACUGCAACAAGGAAAUUGCCACCAAGGCAAUUGAAGAAAAUGAUUUAUCGCCAUUCGUGAAACCCGACGAUCGCGCGCUGUUCGCCUUCCACCCGCACGGCGUCCUCUCGGCUGGAUUCGCCUUCAACGGAGCACACCACAUGGGGUUCUUGCAUGCACACUGUCGAUGGCUCGUAGCUGAGAACCUCUUUUGGUUCCCCGUUAUGAGGGACUUGUUGAACUGGAUGGAUUUCAGUUGCGUGUCUAGAUCAACUUUCCAUCGCUUCAUGGCCACGGGUCAAAAUGUGUGUUUAAUCCCUGGAGGAUUCGAGGAGGCAACACUCUACGAGCGAGGCAAACAUCGUGUGUACAUCAAGAAACGCUUUGGAUUCAUCAAAUUGGCCUUGCAACACGGAUACAAGGUGCAUCCAGUGUACACGUUCGGCGAGGAGUAUGCUUAUCAUACUUUCCCGUAUCUACUUAACUUUCGUCUUAAACUGAACGAGUUCAAGAUACCGGGGGUACUCUUCUUCGGUCUACCGCAAUGCUUCUUUCUGCCUUGUACCGAUGUGGAUCUCAUCACCGUCGUAGGAGAAGCACUGAUAUUGCCCCGUAUCGAACAUCCGACCAAGGAAGACGUGCAGAAGUACCAUAUCCAGUACGUUGAGGCACUUCAAAAGCUAUUCAACAAGUACAAGUCCGUGUACGCCGUCGAUCCGAAUGUUGAGCUGGAGAUUUACUGAGCAUCGUCUUCAUCAAUAAUCCAAAAUAAAGCCGACGUUGAUACUGCAUCAGCAUGAAAAUGUC